UUUUCCUUGACUCGCUUCUCUCCUCAGCUAUGUCGUCACAGAGCUGAUGCAGAGCGACCUUCAUAAGAUCAUUGUGUCCCCUCAGCCUCUGAGUUCUGACCAUGUCAAAGUUUUUCUCUAUCAGAUUUUAAGAGGACUGAAGUAUCUUCACUCGGCUGGCAUUUUGCAUAGAGACAUAAAACCAGGAAACCUCCUUGUUAACAGCAACUGUGUCCUCAAGAUUUGUGACUUUGGCCUGGCCAGAGUAGAAGAGCUUGAUGAGUCACGUCACAUGACUCAGGAAGUCGUCACUCAGUAUUACAGGGCUCCGGAGAUCCUCAUGGGAAGCCGGCAUUACUCCAACGCCAUUGAUAUCUGGUCUGUUGGCUGCAUCUUCGCAGAGCUGCUGGGGAGGAGAAUACUCUUUCAGGCCCAAAGCCCUGUUCAGCAGCUGGAUCUGAUCACAGACCUCCUGGGAUCACCGUCUCUAGAAGCCAUGAGAACAGCAUGUGAAGGGGCCAAGGCUCACAUACUCAGGGGUCCCCACAAACAGAUGCCACGACGUGAAGGGCGCAAUAUAGAAAUGCAUUUGCAUUGUAUUGCAUUCUUCCUGCUCUCAGUUUUGUGCUGUGCCAGCACUACAGUCUUGGAGUUCCUGACUCGCAUCGAUUCUGCUCGAGCUCUGCCUCCUGUCUUUGAGUAUGAGCAGCUCCGGCUUCUGUCAAGUUUGAAGAGCAGGAUCUUCAGCCGCGCACCAAGCAGCUGCUUUGCUAAUUAAUUCUGCCAGCUGAGUUCCCAGCCCUGGCUCCUGAAUCCACUCUGCUUUCCCUUCUCUUGACAUUUGGCUGACCUUGCAGCCAGCUGAUGGAACCAGUAGAGCAUGGAAUGUGUGGGUAAUGGCUAUUGAUUGGCAGAUAGAAGUAAAUGAGGGCUGGGGUAUGUUUAGGUGCAAGUCAGUCAGCAGAUGGACUGGUUUUGUAUGAAAUAAAGGAACCCCUCCUUUACGGCAGCGGUUUCGUUUUGAAAUUGCCUUCGACAGGUUUGACUGCAAGAGUUUGCCAGGCACUUGGUUUGCUUUUAAGAUAUUAACACGGAAAGCAAGCUGUUUAUUCUCUCUUUCUUGUUUGGGUGUUCAGUGCCUCUUUACUGUUUUGGCAGCGUUAUCAGCGAUCAGUCAAAAGUCAUAUAAUGUCUGUUUUUAAAAUGUUGUAUUUUAACCGUUUUGUCAGUUUAGUGACUGACAUCAAAAUGACAUUAGAUUUAAAGAGAAAUAAAUAUGUGGUUACCA